AUGACCUUGGCUCUACGUCUCUCGACUGCCGUCGACCAUGUGGAUGAAAUUGCGAUCGCAACUCUCUAUCUCUUGGUCAUGAUGAUCCUGGCUGUAUGGAUACGACUAAUAUUUCGCUACUACAUACUUCGCUCAUUGCAAUGGGAUGAUGCCAUGGUUUCUGUUGCUUUGGCUCUGGCUAUCGCACAAUCUGCAAUUAUUUUCUCCGGGACUCAAAACGGUUUUGGAAAGCUUCAGUCUGAGAUGUCUGCAGCCAAUUUUAUUACAGUGGAAAAGGUAGCCACUCCCUUUCCUCUCUCUACAAGGUCUACUAACAUUGGAGGCCGCCAGGAUCUGUACUCUUCCGAUCUCUUAUACAUUCUCAGUUUAAGUCUUGCAAAGAUUUCCGUGAUUCAAUUUUUGAAUAAGCUCUGCGUUGCCGAAAUUCACAAAAUCAUCUGUCGUUGGUCAUCCCUUCUAGUCGCCGUAUGGACUAUUCCAGUGGUCUUCACUCUCGCCUUCAAAUGUGGCGCGUCCAGCCCCUGGGACUUGGAAAAUGGACAUUGCAUCAAGAUCUUCGAUUUCUGGGCCGCUAUAUCCCCAAUCGACAUCAUCACAGAACUAGUCAUCUGCCUGCUUCCAAUAUACAUCGUGAAGCCAGUGCAAAUGAGAAUCGGCAAAAAGCUCACAGUCGUAACCGCCUUCAUCUUCCGCAUCCUCGUCAUAAUUACCACCAUCGCACGUCUUAUCUUCAUGAGCAGAGCCGACUCACUCGCAGACAUGAACACCGCCGCUUUUGCAACCAGCAUCACAACCCAACUCACUCUCUGCCUUAGCGUCAUGACUGCGUGCAUUCCUUGUCUGAAACCGUUCCUUGAUGCCUUUGACAGUGGCAUGCUCAAUGUGUCGCUACACGAGCGCGUUGAUGGAAGCUAUAGCAAUUCAUACUCACACUCAAACGCGUAUGCUCUUGUUAGCAUGACUCGAGGCACAAAAGAAUCUAGAACACGCUCCCAAUACUUGGAAGAUGAAGUCGAGGGGCUGGGUACUUCGGCUAGCGCUUUCGCUGUUACGGCUCCUGUGAGACCGGCGAUUGCGGUCGGCUCUGCAAUGUGUAUUCAGCGGACCGAUCAGUGGAGCGUUAGGCGUGAGCAUGUAGAUCGCAAAGAAGCUGAAUCGCUCGGGGAUGAGACGGAGGCAUCUGAGGAUCGAGGGAGUCGGAGGGGAAAUCCAUCUUUGUGA